CCCAGUGCCGAAUCGAAGGAGGCGGUGGCUGGCCCGAACUGACCGAUGGAAUCCAUGAAGUUUAUUGUGUUUUCACUUCUUUUAUUUACAGGCGUGGUCCGUACAUCGGUACUCAAUCUCACGGCUGACACCGACCCCGGUGAACAUGUACGUGACGUGUUGGUACCCGUCCGAUUGGUAGAUUCUCCCAAUGAGGGGGAGGGGCGAGUGGAGCUGUUGUACGAAGGCGUAUGGGGGACUGUCUGUGACGUGCUGUUCGGGGUUUCUGAGGCCAACCUCGUCUGUGAGAUACUGGGAUACAGUCACGGCGGACUCCCCAAGCCAAAACUGACAUAUGGAUUUGGGCGUGGCCCUAUCAUGGUUGACCUUGACUGCCCCUGGGAUGCCACAAAUCUCGACCAGUGCAGCCAAACAGGAUGGAGCCAAAACCCUCCGCGAGUCUGUAAUCACGAUGCAGAUGUGGGCGUGGCAUGUAGAACCACCCCACCAGAAGACGUCCCUGUGCGCCUGAUAGGAGGGACUGGACCCAACGAGGGGCGUGUCCAGGUACGACAUGAUGGACAAUGGGGCACAGUUUGUAACCAGGACUGGGACCCGAGGGACGCAGCCGUCAUUUGUCAGCAACUGGGCUAUAGUUAUGGCGGAGAGGCAAUGAUGUGGCCGGCCAGAAAUAAUUUCGGGGCCCGACCCCCAGGGCCUAUUUGGCUAAAUGAAUUGAGUUGUGGUGGCAAAGAGCCUCGCCUUGGGGAGUGUCCAGGCCUUGUUUGGGGUGAGGACGCCCACCACUGCCGUACAAUCUUCAUGGACGCCUCGGUCCGCUGUUACACAGAAAAUAUUCCAGAUUUCCAGAUUCGACUUGUUGGCGGUGAAAACAACCAGACCGGACGUGUGAACAUUUAUCACGGAGGUCGUUGGUGGGACGUAUGUGAUGAUUGGUGGGCCGAUGAUGACGCCAGCGCCGUCUGUCGGACUUUAGGAUACAGGAAAGGAAAUGCGACCUAUGUGCAGUAUAACACAGGAAGGCUGGACGGGUUUGGGUGGGACAUGGUCUACUGUGCCCCUGGGACCACUGAUUUCCGUCACUGCUUUCACCGGGGAUGGGGCAGACACACUUGUUAUUGGUACGAGGUGGCGGGCGUGGUCUGUGAGUAAUAACAAGCAAUAGCCAGGACCAUCAGAAGGACUUGGAAGUUGACAGGUGUAAUGCUGUCAAUGUAGACUUAAUGGACAAGACAGUAAACUUUAGUAUGGUGUGAAUUCAUUUGAGACUCGUGUAUACUACGAUAAAAAUGGAAAGCAGACACAUACAUUUAAGUUUUUACUGCACGCUUAGUGUUACAUAUGAGGGAAGAUAGAGCAAAAAGAUAAUACCUAAGACGGUUAAUUACUGACAGCCAAUGUUACAACAAUACAUAUGUCAUACGCUGCUAUAAGUUAACGAUUUAAGAUAUAUUAUAUUGGAAGAAGUAUAUUUUUCUGUGUGCUGGAUCCACUUUCGUUCAGCACUUUCACCGUCUUGUCCUCGAUGGUGUCCUCUAGACACCCGUCUACAUUAGACCUCAAACAGAGAGACACUUAGUGCAUCACUUCCGUCAUACGGUAUAAACAGCUUUGUUUUAAAGUGUCAUUGUUUCAUUGUAAUUCUAAUAAAUGUUUGUAUUCAUCAG